GUUGGACACUUUGCGUGGUUUUCAUUCAACUUUCCGUUAUUGCAAUUGGAGUCAAUCAUCGCCACCGUGGCUUUUAGUUUGCAACCAAUGUUCGUACGGUCUAACAUUCUUCUCAAUUUUUUAAGAGCCUCUCUCUCUCUCUCGUUCUGGGGUCUCGGCUCUGACGUACGCAAGGUAGCGUCAUGUGAGUUGUACUGUACGUUUAAUUAUCAUUAUAUAAGCCGUUUGAAGCACAGGUUCUGCUUGAAUUCUGCUUUGCCCGCCAUCGCCUUCACUCGGCAAGUGACGAUAAUAUUUCCGAUUGAUUCAUCUUUGAUAUUUAUCAACCAAUAUAUCAGCUGAUCCGUGUUUUUAAUUUUAAUGAUAUUGAUAUUCAAGGAGGAUGGCGUACCCUGUGUACUCGGUGGGCGUAGAAAGUUGAUAAUAACUUGUAUUGUUCUUUCUACAAUUUUAUAAAUCCAUCUUUUUGUUGCUAAGUUCAGACAUGUUAGAUAGGCCCCCUUCAAAAAGAAUAAAAAAAC